AUGGCUCACAAAAAGCUUGAGACACGCCCUUGCAAUUCGAACGCCAAGGCUCUCGCAAACUGUCGCCGUCAUGUACGAUCGGCCAAAGAGCGCGCGUACAAGCCAAUGAGUCGUGCGCAGAAAGACGACAAAGUGCUGGAGGAUGAUGUGGUGACGUACCACUGCCCUCCAGUUCUCCCACCCGGCUGGUCAGAAAUCGCAUAUCGUCAAAAACAUUUCACGUAUGACGAGCUCAGUCCGAAAGAUAUGGAGUACUUUGAGUAUUACUACCCAGGCCGUAAGGAGCAGAAGCUAGAGCGACUCGAGCAAGCACUCAAAGAGGUCCCGCGGCCGUAUCUUCUGAGGGCUCUGGCCUCAAUCGGGAAUAGUCUAAAAUUCGCAUCGUAUCCAGUCCAGCCAGUGGAGUUUGAGAAAGGCGGCUUCGAAGAUUGGCUGUGCCAGGAGUCACUCAAUGUGGACAUCCGCCUUCCCAAGACGCUCAUCUCUGACCCCGACGAUCUCCCAGCAAACAUGCCGACACAUUACGUUGCUGUGUAUGGUGCAUGCGCAGCACCACCGCGCUUUAAAUCCGAAUUACAGCCAAGCGGCCGUAGGAUCCAGCUCUUUCCGGUUCACGCAAUCGUGCUGUUCACCUACUGCAAACGACUACCCAAGUUUCCGAGAAGAAAACCUCGCGUUGUCGGUGAAUGGCCGGACGAUUCGUCGCUCGUCCUCGUCCGCUUCCCUGUCGUCUCCAUCUCCGUGGAUAUAGACUGCGACCCAUAUCCUCUGCUACAGUAUCUGAGCAGUCUCGACCGCGACUUGCUCUUGCACCUGUGUCUAGACAUCGGCGAGCAUUUGAAUUGUCCCCGUGACAACCCUCCCGCAACCGUAUAUCCGCAAUCACGCAAGGAGCCCUCGCACGCAGAACGCGUGGCUUAUUACGCGAAGCGCAUGGUGGACGUCCACGAGUGGGACCUGAGAAGGAUGCUUUGGAGCAUGUAUACCAUUGAGGGGCUUCACCGGAACGCGGUGUGUUUAGCUGUCGAUGAGGCUGGCUUCUGGGAGACGAUCGCUCUUGCGCGGGAGGUUUGUUUGGUGGCUAUCAAGAUGCACGAAGCGCUAUACCACCAAUGGCAGCCAGUCGGGGAGGGGCCUCUAUCAGCAGCACUAGCAGAAGCGCCUAAUCAGCUACCUCUGGCGGGAACCAUGAUAUGUGUUCCUCUUGAGAAAUCCAGAAAACACUCGGCGAAAUCGCCUGCCAAGGCUCUCUCAAGCUCUCGACACUUCGUGCACUCGGCCAAACAGCAGGCUUACUGGCCCCGGGACCCACCAGCUGUUCAGGAAGCACCUCUGCGCGAGGAUUCUGAAGCAUCGCAGAAGAGGGAAGUGAUUGUUUGGAAAAUCCCAUCAACGCCAUCGACGGAUAGCUAUCCAGGUGUUUCGUUCCUUCCACGGGCGACAAGGCCUCGACCUUUCCAGCCGUUACCUGCGCUUGAUGGGUAUUAUGCGGACUGCGAUGGUGUUUCCAGGGCGUACGUCCUUCGGGCAUUAGCAUCAAUAGGCCCUAGACUCCUUACCGUGGUGAAUCGCUACACCUUCAGCUUAAAGCUGCCUGUUGAUGACUUUCCGAACAACAUCCCGCCACAAGCGGACCUGUGCAUCCUCGAAGAAGACCUGCCGUAUAUACCCACUCACUAUUUCGCCGUCUACAGCCCCCCAGAAAGUACUGAUCCGGAUCUACCAGACGAGCAGAAAGCGAGCCUGGAGGCUGACGAGCAGAGAGCGAGACUGGAGGGUGGCGAGCGAUCAAUCAUACUCUACGCGGUCCACGACAUUGUUUUCAUCUCGCACUGCGCCAGAUUGCCCGCGCUCCCCACCCCUAAACGGACGCUCAUGGGAGAACGAGUGCCCACAGACAAAUGGCCCGAGACGACCUGGUAUCGCAUACCCGUCGUUCCCGUCCUCGCGAAGGACGACUUCUUCUAUCAGGUCCUGUGUUACCUAUAUGACCUCCACCAAGACACGCUCCUCGACUGGCUCGUGCCUGGCUUCGACCCACGCCCCCCGCCGCGACCGCCCGUCAACGAGCCUUUCGCGGACAUGCCGUCGCGAAAGCAGGUCCCGCGUGCUGAACGUGUCGCUCACUUCACGAAGACGAUCUUGCGGCAUUUCAUGGGAGAUGUGGGGGCCCUGGUGGGGAACAUGGACCGCAUCAAGAGCACUUUCGGCUUGCCCGGCAUCACCUUCGGCGGGUUGGGUAUCGUGCUCUGCCGGGCCUCCUUGGUCUGCCUGCGGACGACGAGGGGGUCGACAAACUUGCCCGACGUGGGCGUGAUUGGGGCUCCGUUCGCAUCUGAGAUGCCGAGCCCGAACCUGUCAAUGGAGCGCGAACGCAGGCGCAUAUUCAGCGGCGUCACGGGCGACGGCGCGGCGAUGUUGGCGAACUGCGACCCGUACAUCGUCUGCGGGCGCGAACGUCGCAGAGAGGCGUUGUCCGAGGAAUCUGAAGGCGACGGCGACGGCGACGGCGCGAUGCGGUUUGCGCUGUUGCUGUAUGGGGCAACGAGGCGCGCCGCCGCUUUGCCGAUCGUUUCGUCGUUCGCGCCUGUGUCGUCCCAUUCCUCCGUGACAUCGUCGUGCGAGGGCGUCAUCGACACCGGCGACGAGGAGAAGAAUGCAGUGCCGAUCUCGCGCGACUGGUUGCGCGAGUGGGACGUGGAGGGUCUCUCGCGCUCGCUGUCUCGCUCUACCCGGCUGGCAGACAUGAUCGGCCCACCCAGGGCGACCGUGUAUCGUUUUCUCGGCGUGGGACUGACGCUCGCCUGUCGCACGGCGGGUUUGUUUGGAGGGGGCAGAGACGUCGGACUAGCACCAGGCGAGGUCGUGCGUGGCAGGCCCGUGGGAGACAAGCUGGUAGAGGGAAGCCCCUGCGAAGGCAGGCCAGAGAUAGACAUGUGGCGGGACUUGGUGGCAGAGGUAAUCGAGGAUGGGGGCGAGCUUGUGGGCGAGAAUGCACCUUGGCCGAGCAUGGGCAAGCGUGUGCGCGGCGUGCGUGAGGAUAAUGCAGGCGCGCUCACCGGAGGAGGACUUAUGGACGCGCGCAUCUUGGGAGGAGUGGACGUUGGGCUGAUCGUGAUAUUCUGCGAGAUCGAGCGCACCGCAACUGCAGAUGUCGUCGAUGGGGCGCGGGCGAUGGCAGCAGCAUUGCGCGAAGGCCCAGAAGACAGAUUGCCUGGCGAGCCAGCGCUCAACGUCAUCCAUGCGCUCCUCCAGAGCGCGCACAUGCCCUACUGUCCACUUCUCAAGCUUCUCAAACCGCUUCACGAUCCGGGGGCGCGGCUCGUGAAGGAGAAGACGAGCCUAGGUCGAGGGAUCGCAUUGGUGACGCCGCGAGGCUUGGCGGAGUGCCAGGGACACCAUGACGAUGGGGGGUCGGAGACGAUGGUGUAG